ACAAGGUCUUUACUGGGUGUAUUUGAAGAAGAUGCUACCGCUAUAUCCAAUUAUAUGAACCAGUUGUAUCAAGCUAUGCACCGGAUUUAUGACGCACAGAAUGAAUUAAGUGCAGCAACACACCUAACAUCGAAACUUUUAAAAGAAUAUGAAAAACAGCGUUUCCCUUUAGGGGGUGAUGAUGAGGUCAUGAGCUCUACUCUGCAGCAGUUUGCAAAGGUUAUAGAUGAGCUUAGUUCUUGUCAUGCGGUACUUUCAACUCAACUUGCCGAUGCCAUGAUGUUCCCCAUUUCCCAGUUUAAAGAAAGAGAUCUGAAAGAAAUACUGACACUAAAAGAGGUAUUUCAGAUUGCUAGUAAUGAUCAUGAUGCUGCAAUUAACAGAUAUAGUCGAUUGUCAAAAAAGAGAGAAAAUGACAAGGUAAAGUACGAAGUAACAGAGGAUGUAUAUACUUCCAGGAAGAAACAGCACCAGACAAUGAUGCACUAUUUUUGUGCAUUAAAUACUCUUCAGUACAAGAAGAAAAUAGCUUUGUUAGAACCUCUACUUGGAUACAUGCAGGCUCAGAUAAGUUUCUUUAAGAUGGGCUCUGAGAAUCUCAAUGGACAGCUGGAAGAAUUUUUAGCUAAUAUCGGAACAAGUGUUCAGAAUGUCCGAAGAGAAAUGGAUGGUGAUGUAGAGAUCAUGCAACAAACAAUAGAAGACUUGGAAGUAGCCAGUGACCCUUUAUAUGUGCCUGACCCAGAUCCCACCAAGUUUCCCGUCAAUCGAAAUUUAACCCGAAAGGCUGGAUACCUAAAUGCUAGGAAUAAAACAGGCUUGGUGUCGUCUACCUGGGAUAGACAGUUUUACUUCACGCAGGGUGGAAACUUAAUGAGUCAAGCACGUGGAGACGUGGCGGGAGGCCUGGCCAUGGACAUAGACAACUGCUCAGUGAUGGCUGUGGACUGUGAGGACAGGCGAUACUGUUUUCAGAUCACUUCUUUUGACGGAAAAAAAUCUUCAAUUUUGCAAGCAGAGAGUAAAAAAGACCACGAAGAGUGGAUUUGUACAAUAAACAACAUAUCUAAACAAAUAUACUUGAGUGAAAAUCCAGAGGAAACUGCUGCACGAGUAAAUCAGUCUGUUCUGGAAGCUGUCACUCCUUCCCCAUCUUUCCAGCAGAGACAUGAGAGCCUGCGUCCCGCAGGACCAUCUCGACCAUCCACAGCUCGGACCAGCAGUUCAGGAUCCUUGGGAUCAGAGUCUGCAAAUUUGGCUUCCCUUUCUCUAGAUUCUCUUGUUGCCCCAGAUACUCCAAUACAGUUUGAUAUAAUUUCUCCUGUGUGUGAAGAUCAGCCUGGCCAGGCAAAAGCCUUUGGCCAAGGAGGCAGACGUACAAAUCCAUUUGGAGAAUCCGGAGGAGGCACAAAGUCAGAAACUGAAGACUCUAUUCUUCAUCAGCUCUUCAUUGUCCGAUUCCUUGGUUCUAUGGAGGUAAAGUCAGAUGAUCAUCCAGACGUUGUCUAUGAAACAAUGCGCCAGAUCCUAGCUGCUCGGGCCAUCCACAACAUCUUCCGUAUGACAGAAUCACAUCUGUUAGUCACUUGUGACUGUUUAAAGUUAAUUGAUCCGCAGACCCAAGUUACAAGGCUCACAUUUCCAUUACCAUAUGUAGUUUUAUAUGCUACACACCAAGAAAAUAAACGACUCUUUGGAUUUGUUCUCCGGACAUCAGGCGGAAGAAGUGAGAGUAGUUUGUCAUCAGUCUGCUAUAUAUUUGAAUCAAACAACGAGGGGGAAAAGAUUUGUGAUUCUGUUGGAUUGGCAAAACAGAUAGCACUGCACGCUGAACUGGAUCGUAGAGCAUCAGAAAAGCAAAAAGAAAUAGAGAGAGUAAAAGAAAAGCAACAGAAAGAACUCAGCAAACAAAAACAGAUUGAGAAGGACUUGGAGGAGCAGAGUCGGUUGAUAGCAGCUUCCAGUAGACCAAACCAGACUGGUAUUGAGGGCCAGGUUGUUGUCCUUAGCAGUAGCCAAUCAGAAGAGAGUGAUUUGGGAGAAGAAGGGAAAAAAAGAGAGUCAGAAGCAUAAACAUUUUUUGCUUGAUUUUUUUUUUCCCCUUCCCCUGGAAUGUGGCACAAGGUAACCAUGUUAAAAGAUCAAGGAGGAGACUAAGCUUUAUAUUGUUUCAGCUUCACUUAAGAAAGACUAAGCAUGAUAACAAGUUAUAUUGAGCAUAUACUUAAAAAAUAAAAUACUAUGCAUUAUCAUCAAAUUCUACUUACCUAAAUAAGAUCUGCUUACUUUCCUGUAGUAGAUUGCUGAGAAAUCAUACUUGUUCAAGACAUUUUACUUUGUGAAUGCUCUUUAUUUUGCAGUGUAAUUGGCUGUCUCCAUAAGAAAUCAUUUAUUCUUCAGAUUCUGACAUUUGUGUGUGUGCUCUCUCCCUUUCUUUAGGAAUGUCUUGUUGGUAGUGAGGGAGUGUUCAACCAAAUGAGCUUAAAAUCCUUUCUGUUGAGAAUUCUACAAGUUUGCAAAUAUUCUAACAAUAUUAAGUGUGCAAUAGGAUUUGUAUAAAAUCACUAGGACAGUGGCAGAUGGUGCUCUUAAUUUCAGGGCAUUUUCUGGACUUGCUCCAUGUCUCUGAUGUACUGUAUCAUGGCAUAGGAAAGAGACUCAAGUGUCUUUGUUGGUGUUUGAUGCAGUCCUUGGUAUUUUGUCACCAUCUUCUCAGUUCUCAGGUUGGGACUUCACUUAUUGCUGCAGAGCAGUGAGGGUUAGAAUUUAUUGAACGAUUUUUGUUGUUGUUCAAACAUUUUAUAUUAGAGUUGACACGUAAAGGGAGUGUUAUAGAGUGAUACAUUGUAUUUUCUGUAUUGUGAAAUAAUUUUUUAUUGAUAAUAAGUGACAUUUCAAAAGAUGUUGUAUAACAAUUAUGUUUACUGCUUAGAAUAAAAAUGUGCAGUUUGGUUUAGAGAACAUAAUCUUUUAAAUUUCAGACUGAUAAUCCCUGUAUUUUCAUAAUCCCACAUUUUGAUAAUGAAUUGAAUAGUCACUUUAUAUCCACAAAGGCAAAUAAUUUAUGAGUAUAGAAUAAUUUGUACUAAUUAUUGUAAAUACUUUUACUUUUCAAAUGAGCAAAAGAUCUAAUUCCAUGAAAGACUGAAAAGGAAUUGAACACCUCAUAUAGUAUAGGACCAAGGAAGGAGUUAGCUUGCUACCAAGGUUGACAUGUCCCUCAGUUCAUCUUCUUUCAAGCCUUUCCUCACUUAGAUUUUAAUCUUUGUUUAUAGAUUUUAUUUUCAUGUGUUAUACAUGAAAAAGUAUAUAUAUAUAUAUAUAUAUACAUGUACAGUUUAAAUAUAUUGAGUAAAGUAUUCUACAUAGUCAUACAUUUAUAGAUUUUUCAAGAGGUUAACCACUAAUUUCACAAGUAAUUUUCUCUUAGUUCUGAACUUAGUUUCACACUCUGUAAGUACAGUUUUCUGUAGUCAUGAGAUAACUAUAUAUAUAUAUAUAUAUAUAUUUGAUCAUGAUAUUGUUUUUAAUUCAUGUGCCAAAUGGGACUAGUGCUUACUUAGUACUCUUUAAACUUUUAUGUUACUCAAAUAUACAGUUAAUAAGUAGCAAUUUAUGGAGCCCAUUUGGUUAAAAGUCUGUUUUGUACUUUCUAAAGGAAAUGUUUUCACAUUAGUGUUUCCUUCUUGUUCAACUAGAAAUUGCUGUGCUCAGUACUUGACUAGUUGUGGCAAGUCUUGCUUUAAAGAUUUUUUUUUCGGGGGGAGGGGGUUUCGAGACAGGGUUUCUCUGUAGCUUUGGAGCCUGUCCUGGAACUAGCUCUUGUAGAUCAGAAUGGUCUCAAAUUCACAGAGAUCUACCUGCCUCUGCCUCCCCAGUUCUGGGAUUAAAGGCGUGCGCCACCACCGCCUGGCUGCUUUUAAGAUUUUUGAGAUUGGUAAGGUUUCUGACUUUUAUUGUUGGUUUUGUUUUGUUUUUAUUGUCUGUUUGAUUUUAGCAGUGCUGGGGAUCUUACAUAUGCUAAGUAAGCCCUUUACACUGAGCUGCAUCUCAACCCAAGUUUUCAGUUUCAUGAAGUGUUUUCUUGAUAUGAGAUGUCCUGUGUACUGCAGGGGAAAUCUGUUUUACAAUAAGAGUGGUCACCAUCAGGAGACAGCUUUAAUUUCUGCUGCUAUAUAUGGCAGCAAAAUGCUGCGAUUUGGAUAAAUAUUCAGGCUAGGGGUGAGAGUUUUCUGAUUCUUUUUAAGUCACGUUUCAUAGGAAUUCCCACAGUUGCUAUCACAUCCACAGGUCAGACUAGAAUGUAUUCUGAUGCCCAGGACGUGUCCUGAGUGGACUGAACAUUUUCCAUGACUGAGCGUCUGUUCUGUCGCUGUUAAACUGUAGGGAUUUUGCACAGCAGCUUUAAUCAGCUCUCCUGCUUGAAGAAAGCUGCCUGUGAGUUUCUUCCUAAACGUUAAUGCUGAUCUUGUUCUGUUGUACUGUCCUCCAAAAUCUCUCCCAGCUUUUUAGAAAUUAACAAAAUUUCUUUAAAAAGGAAGAGAAAUUUAGCCUACCUAAUUCUACUGUGCAUUCUGUUACCUAUAUUGACAGUACUUCCAUAACUGUGUAAUAAACUAAUAGAAAAUCACUUCCUUCUGUAUCCUUGCUAGAGACUUGCUGUAAACUUGCUAGAGACUGAAACUGUCCCUUUGAACAGAGUCCCUGAAUCUCUGAAGCCAUUCUUGUUUUUGUCAUGUAUUUAAAGACUACUUGGUGUUUAAUUUCAAAAAAGAAUUUGUUGGAAUGAGGAGGUAGCCAUUAUUUUUGAGAAAAGAAUAGUAGGAUGUACAUAACAUUGUAGGUAACAUGGUUUUAUGUGGUGAAUGCUUACAAAUAACUACAGGAACCACACUAUUUACAGUUGGAACUGACAAUGCUGGCAGAUCCUGAAAGCUAGUAUAUUACAAAAUCUUCUGGCAUCUGAAUGAAAUGAACACAUUAAUUUGCUUUUGUUAACAAGUCUGAGCAUUUGUAGUAAGCAAGCUUUUCAUCUUGUUUUUAGCAAGCUUGAUUUAUAUCUCUAUAAUGAGAUUUUUAUUCUACAUUAAUAACAGAUUUGAAACUAGAACCAUGGUGAACUUUUAGUCAACCUCUAGCUACACUUGUAAGUAACUGACUUCAAUUAAUAUGGAUAUUGGGGACUAAAUGAUAAUUAAUGUGCAAGACUGCUUUGUAUAUUUUGUGAUUUUUGUAAUGUAAGUAAAUUGAUUAACUCUUAUUUCACUGAUGAUAUUAACCAACUGUGCAGUGUACAUAUAAUUGAAAAUCAUGCAGCAUCUCUCUUUAAAAUUGGAUUUGUGAUCAUGGUAUAGCUUGUGGGGCAGAGAACUUAUUUUUUCAUUUGUCAAAAUAGGUAUUUGCUGACAGGGCUUCAAGAAGUAUGUUGUUGGGUUUUUUAAAUGUAUAAUAAAGUUCAUGUUUUUUUUUUAUAAAGAC